UGGAGAAUAAUAUACAUGCUAGAGACCACGUAUAUUCUUCAUCGAUGGUUCCUUUCUAGUUGCCGUUUUUGGUGCCACAGCUGUGUUGGUGGAUGUGGCUCUCAGAUGGCUGGAUGUAGAGUUCGCAGCAGCUACUCUGGUAGACUGGUGCUUGCCGCCGGCCGAGUCGUGGGCAAUGCCCUUGGUCAAGAUACCUUUUGCUGUCUUUGUGGCCAUGCGCUGGUCAGCUGCAGACUUGGUUGCUGUGGGUUUGGAAGCAACAAUGCUGCGCGUAAUAGUCUGCUUAACAGUACCAAUGGCAGUACUGGCAGCGGAAGGGGCGGCGGAAGCAUUGGUGGUCGGUAGCAAUGUAUCCGAAGAACUU